UAUUGGUUGAGCGUGUAUUUAAAAGUAAAUAGAAAAUGAGUAUGUAUUAUGGUUAAAGUAUUUAUUAGUGAAUAAUAAUUUGUCUGUCACAUUUCAUUCCUUCAUUGCAUUCACAUAAGUGAUUGAAAACUUAUGUGCUCAAAUAGAAUUGAUUUAAAAAAGACACAAUUUUUUUUCUGUCUUGAAGAGUUUAUAGAACAAUGAAUGUAAUGAUCCCAAUUCUAGAACUUUCUGGCAGAAAGUGAAGUCUCUUACAACAAAUGCUUAUAAUGAUCACAAUAAAAUAGCCCCCCAGACAUGGUAUGAUUACUUCAGAGACCUCCUAAAUAUAGCACAAACACCAUGUGAUACUGACUUCGACAUAGAGGUUUAAAGCUCAUUCCUUGAUCACAAUAACGGGAACCCUGAGAAAUGUUUUCAUUUUAGUGUAAACUCAAACUUAGAAGAGGAAAUUUCCCACUUGGAAAUAUGUGAAGCUAUUUGUUACCUAAAAAACGCAAAAGCAACCGGACCUGAUGGAUUGCCAUCUGACCUUUUUAAGAUUGCAGAUAACAUCCUCGUGAGAUUUCUACACCUCCUUUUUAAUAAAGUGUUUUUAAGUGGUACAUAUCCCGAAAGUUGGUCCAACGCAGUGUGGAAGGUUUUCUCUUGUAUAUCUGAUUCAUUUCUAAGAAUUAUCUUAUACUGGUGCAGAUUACUAACAUUACCUGGACUCAGGUAACCAAAACAAUGUUACAAUAUGUUAUGUUUACAAGAUAAGACAGGCAGAUCCAACUGGGCCUCUCAAGUUAGAAUCUUACUAUGUAGUAGUGGCUUUGGGUAUGUAUGUGAAUGACCGUUGGUAAUUUUCCCUUAUUCAUUACCACAGUAAAAGAUUCAAAGAUUGUUUUUGCCAAAAAUGGCAUGAUUCAGUGUCUACUUCUGAUCAUAGAGACUUCCAGACCUAAUCAGAGCAACAUACAUAAACCAGGUAUCACAAUGCGAACACAGCCAUGCCCUAUGUUUGUUAAGAAGCAACUGUUUACCGCUCACUGGGAUCACUCUUCAUGUUCAGCGCUUAACUUACCUCCGAAUAAAACCCUCAGCCCCUAUUAGCUACUCGCUGGUAAGGCCAGCGCGUCCCGCGCAUUUCGUGUUUCCGACUUUACCCGACAAUAGCUAACUGGCGAUGCAAAUUUAGAACUGCGACCUACAUUCUUUGUUCCGGGGGAUUCCCUACUUGUGCGCAUGUCCAGAAGACGUUAAUAUGUCUUCCGGGAAAAACAAACAGGCGUGCUCACAGAUUUACUAUACAACUCUGUGGAUGUGCUCUUUUCGCGGAACAAACUUUGUCAGCCUACUUUUUUAUAAUAAUGGAGCCGACGUCUUCCAAACGCCAGCGAGGAGCAAACUGGUCCAGCAGGGAAGUACGGGCAUUAUUAGAGUUUAAGAGAGAGGUUUUUGAGAUAACUCUAGUCAGCAGCUGCCCAGAUUUGCCUUCAUAUGCACCUGUUCCUGAUGCUGGCCUAACAAAGGAAGUGUUCUCUAGUGUAGAUGUCUAUGAUACAAAUAGUUUAAGAUGUACUCUCAAUAUAUAUUCUGAGAAAAUUAGUGUCAAGCAGAAUUUAAGUUCAGGUCAGCUUUAUGCUAUACCUAACGCUGUUUGCAGAAAUGACAAGUACUGUUAAUAGUUUGUAAUCUCAGCAGUCCUGUCCAACCUUAAAUGAAUUUUCAGUAGGAUGCAUGUGUGGAAGUGUAAUGUAUCUUAAGAGUGAUGUACAAUCUAAGAUUGCAUAUUUUUGUGGUGCACAACUUGUGAACCAAAUAUUGAAACUUGCACUGGUUUUUCAUUGUUGUUGUUUUGGGAUGAGCAGACAUUUAGAGUUGCAUGCUGGAAUUAAUAAAGUUGAUCAUUCAUUUUCA